UCCCUCGGGAGCUGAAAUCCGCCAAGUGCGCUCUCUUUCUUGAAGAGAUUUCCAUGGAUUCCUUGCCACCUUGGCCGUGGAACUAAUGCAAGCUCUGUCAGCUGCUGGAAUCGCCGUCCGCUCCACAUUCCUAUUUCCUCUUCGCUUUCUCCUUCUUUUCCUCCCUUUGCUCUAUUCCCGCUCAACUCUCUCGAUCCCAACUCCGCCCACCGCUACUUUCUUUACUGUCAUCAUUCCCCCGGCCGAAUCUCACUUUACUCGAAAUCUGUCUUUUGUGGAAUCUUCGCCCUUGAACUGCUCGCUAUACAUCACACGCGGAGUCUACAUUGUCUGUCCCGGUGAAGCUUGUCCAGGUACAAUCGCAUACUAAGGAUAAAAGCCCCAAGUCACCAAAAAGCAAAAACAAGCGUGUUUGUGCUGGGAGUCUCAUCUGAAAGAGGAUAGAAAGGCCCUUGGAAAUAAGAGCUUUGGAAAGAAGACUCUGGAAAAAUCUUGGAGGACUAGAGAGAAACCUGACACCUAGAAAGAAGAAAGAACCCA